AUGCCUCCGAGAAGAGUGUCAAAGUGUCAGUCGUCAUCCGGCAGCCGUGACGGUGGCGUUGCCCCUGGACCACCAGCAGCUGCCAUGAUCAUGGAAGGGCUUGAAACCUUGGUUGCGCCUCCGCAUCACACAUUCCUCCUGACCGAAUCAGCGGCUGCGGCGCACUUUAACGUGCUCAGCUUCGACACCUGCGGACUGUUCAAGACAGCCGCCACGACGACAUCGUUGGGCCUCAACAACAACAACUCGACGACGCCCAACAACAAUCACCAUCACCUGUACCACCCAUAUCAUCACCAGACCCACACGGCCGCCACUCAUCACUCUCAGACGGCCACUCAUCAUCACAGCCACCACCCGACAACGGCUCAAACGUCCACCGCCUCCUCCAACUCGACAUCGACAGCAGCCUCCUGCUCAACCUCCUCAUCCUCCAUCACAACACACACCACAUCCACCUCAACCUCUUCCACCAAUCCCAGCAACUCCCACCACCCGCACCUGAGCCUCCUGAGCACCACCUCCACCAGCGGUCAUCAUUCCUCGGACUCAAAUCUGCACCAGUCGGCCGAGGACCAGUCGCAAUCCCAAGGGGACGCUCAAACCGGCGAUCUCAACACCCCCGUCACAACCUCCGGCGACAUCCCGUCCUUCUUCGGACCGUCAACCGUCGUCGAACCACCACCCAUCACAGGAUCGAUCGAGUCGGACGAUCUCUCGCUGGAACCGCAAGCCGUGUCCAGCCCGUGUGCAAGCCUUUGCAGCCCGACGAAGCAGGAGCGCAGCACACCGCAGUCCGUGGUCAUCGAGGAAGAGGCUAGCAACACCAGCAGCAACGCGAUGUAUCCCUCGUCAUCGUCGCAUCAUCAUACGGCGACCCAAUCGUCGCACCACAGCAACAGUGCCAGCCAGGAGAUGCAUCACGAUCACUCCACUGAGCACGAGGACAGCAAGAUCUCCUACAGGGGAAUCUUCACCACCACAGCUGGUCCCGGCAUGGGACUCCAAACGGCAACAGGAUCCCAACUGUCGAUCAUGUCCGGACAAAUGUCUCCAACGUCCGGUCUGAGCGGAUGGGGUCUCCCCAGUCCAGACAAGAGCCUAUUUCAGCCACCCAUGUUCGGACUGCUCGGCCCGGGCCCACAAAGCUCAGCCCAAGCUCACUUUGCCGUAACGCAACAGUCCGCUGCUCAAACCCCGUCCCCAGCGGGACAUCAUCAGCACCCCUCACACCACUACAGCACAGACGAACGAAGUCACCAAUCCGUUGAACUUCUGGGUCUAAACAUGGACUGUCCCAGUAUCAUUCUUAAGCAACCGCCCAGCUAUGCCAGUUGCGUUUCAUCGCUAGACAUGCAGCAACAGCAAGCCCAAGAAAUGCAUCAGUACUCCCGCAGCCAAGCGCUUGGCAUGGGUCAAACUCCCAAAUAUCAAUGGCUUGACUCACCCGUAGAAUACGGAAGUCCCCAACACAACGUUGUCAUCCCUGGCCCCUCAUCUUCCUCCUCCACCGGCAUUAUUCCCAAGCAGGAACCCUUCAGCUCGUCACAAUGCCCGGACGUUAGUCAACUCAGUCAGCUUACGCCCCAACAGCAAGCGCAGUACGCAGUUCAACUAGCCGAGUACAACCCUUCCACCAGCAAAGGUCACGAAAUUCUGAACCAAGUUUACCAGCAGUGUCCCAUGCCAUUGAAGCUAGUCCCAGUGAAGCCCCGGAAGUACCCCAACCGCCCCAGCAAAACCCCCGUUCAUGAACGGCCCUACGCUUGUCCAGUGGAAAAUUGUGACCGACGCUUCUCACGAUCGGAUGAACUCACCAGACAUAUCAGGAUCCACACCGGCCAGAAGCCGUUCCAGUGUCGCAUCUGCAUGCGAUCCUUUAGCCGAUCGGAUCACCUAACGACCCACAUCCGGACACACACCGGCGAGAAACCCUUCUCCUGCGACAUCUGUGGCCGAAAGUUCGCCCGAUCAGACGAGAAGAAGCGUCAUGCCAAGGUCCACCUGAAGCAGCGGAUAAAGAAGGAGAAAAACAGCCACGGCAGCAGCAGUAGUGCAAACAAUAAUACCAGUAGCAGUAGUCAUCAUCAACAUCAGCAGCAGCAACAGCAGCAUCACCACCUGUCGGUUGCCCAGCAGCAACACCACCAUCACCAUCACGCGGCCAGUCUUCAUCCACACCACCUCCUGCACGAAGACAUCAACGGUAUUCCGAUCGUGUCCUCAUCCAGUGCGACCAGCUUGUAGACCGAACUUUCGUCGAUAGACGUUAUGCGUUUGAAUGAUCCCCAGAUAAAGCUUGUUCACGACGAUCCGUUCAUGGGUUACAUUGAAACAACUCCGACGCAGACUGACGCCGGCACAGCGGUUUCCAUCCGCCGUCGUGCUCCGCUGGACUCGAUUGCCGACGGCGAUGACACUCCUUCCGCGGUGGAUGACGAUGUCGACGAAGACGUCGACGUUGGUGACGAAAGCAGUCGAACUACAGCUGACCCAGCAGCAGCCACAUCCGGUGUCGCCGCCGCCGUCGCCACCACAGCCGCCGAUGCCAACGAUCAAUCAAUAGUGAUUGUUCUCUUGGUCGAGUAAGUAAGGAAGGGCGUAUGCAGUAAGUUUUAGCCACUUUCAAAAACACUCCCGCCUCCCUCCAAAAGGUGCCAAAAUGUCCCCGCCCACGAUUAUUGCUGUUAGCAUAACCAAACCUGAACACGCAACCACAGAUCGUAGAGGAAAACAAAUAGUAAUUGCCAUUCAACGGCAAUUCAAUCAUUCAAUGCGCAAAAUGUCACUCGACGAGAAAAGUGCACACAACAGUGAACAAAAUCAAGGCAAACAUACACAAUUUGCAGGAACAAAACUUCAGCGGGCAAACACACCAACUUGUUGCUUGAAAAUUCUCGUCCAAAUGCGAUGCUUUCAUUUUGGCCAAACUUUAAUCAUUUUUAGAACUCCAAAAUAGUUUCGAAGUUCCUCAUUUAUCUUUCAACAAUUUAAACAAAAACUGAUCGAAAAUUACAGCCGACAUGGAGAAAUCUAAGCAAAGUACCAAAUCAUUAGUGCUUUUAAAAUUUCGCUAAUAGUAAUUGGUAAUUGGAUAAUCGCUGAUUGGAGCAUGUUCCAAUUAAAAGUAAAUGUUACAUUUGAGUUCGCUAAUGCUAUCAGAUGCGUUUAAAUGCAUUUUAGUAUCUCGUUGGCAAUCAUUUGACGCUGCACUUGUAUUUCAAUUGGCGGAUGGUAUUUGCUAACUGGAACUUGAAUUUGAACGAUUAGCGAUUGAACAUUGUACAUUUGAAUUCACGACUAAGAUUUUUCCUUCUCUUUAAAAAAAAUAGAAAAUAAACAGCAAAACAAAAUAAUGGGAUCAGAUUAAUGCAAAUUCUUAAAGACGAGUGUGUUUGCUGAAACUGAACAAAAUAUCUAAUUCCGAGUUCAUACCAAUUGGGUUUCAGUACAACCAGUGUUUGACAGUCUGACUCGAAACGAAUUAAUGUUUCUUCAUGCCGAAACGAUGCUAAGUGGUAAACAAAAUCUACAUCAAAUUAUUCAGUACAACUUUUAAUAUUUUCCAAUCUCUUCACUAUGCACGAAUCAGCCUUUCAUGCACAUGAAAAUUAUCAAUGUUGAAUGUUUUCCUAAAUUUAUUGUAAUCGAUAUCGAUUUGAUCUACGCAGUUCAAUUUUCGAACCUCAAAUCGACCGUCAUCAAAACCCGACUAACCACCAUAUUGUAUGUAUUGCCCCUUGAUUUCACUUCACUCACGCCACCCACACGCACACACCCACAAACAUCCGUCGAUGUCUUCUUCGUUCGGACACAAUCGACCCCGCACGUCUCUCGAGAGUCAAAAACGAUUUUCAUAAACACAAAAAAAAUUGUUCUAUACUACAAUUUUAUCUCUGAACACUGUGAUCUCAAUUUAUAUGUAAAAGAGAACGAAAUCUAGACUUUUAAUAAGAGGAAUUAUUAGUACUGUAAAAUGAGAGGAAACGCAAGAAUUUAAAUGAUUGUAAAGAAAGCGCACGCAAACGUUGUAUUUAUAAUCGAGCAAGGUAGUGCCGAACUGGCGAUUUGACAAGAAGAAAAACUGUCCGUACUAAUUGCGAUGAAGUGUUAUAAAAUUAUAAAAAAAAAUUCAACUUAAAUUAAGUGGAAGUUAUUUUGUGAUUUCUCUUGAAUGCACAAGUGUCAAACGAGCACAAACUGCUAUGCAUCACUCCGAUGUGAAGAGAAAGAGAAACUAGGAACUUCUUAUAAAGAAAACAAAUUGUACUAAAUCUGUACUAAACGGGACAUUAUUAAAAAUGAUAACGACGUAGUUAGUGGAUUUUUCUAAAAUAAUUAAAACUAUUUAAAAUAUGUUACUGACACCCAUAACAUUGAACAUAAAUAAACAAACACAAAACGCAAAAAUAUACAAUGCAAAGGUGACAAUCGACGAAAAAAAGCACACAAUGGUUGUCCUUUUGGCCUCGAUUCGUUUCGCCAGUUUCCUAGAAGCUUCUUAUGUUUCAUAAGUCCUUUUAUUUCAUCGUGUACAAAUCCGAGCUAAAGCCAACCGCACACAUGAAUGCGCUGCCAUAUUAAGAUACUUUGUUUUGCAAUUUCUGUUAUCAUCCGAACUUUGUAAAUUUCCAAAACAAGCUGAGGAUAGAGCUUCCCCGGGUUCUGCCAGUGCCAUGAGCAAAUUCUCCUGCAUAGAUUACAAUCUAUUAUUAUUCUUGUUUUGCUAUAUUUUCCAUGUUUUAUAUUUUAUUUUAUUUAGCUUGUCAUUUCUUACAAGAAUGAGAUUCCACCGAUUCGUUAGGACGCGAGCCCUCCUUCCGAAGGAGGUGGUAAACAUUAAGUUUCAGUGCUAGUCCGAGUGCUUUUAGGUUAUAAGACGUAAGGAAACUCAUCCAUCUGACCGAAUUACUUCGAUAGCCACAAUUUAGUAAAAAAUAACAGUACACAAAAAUAGCCUAUCGAUACGAAACAGAGAAAGUCACUUGAAGCGAAAAUUUAAUAAAAAUGUGUUUUAAGAAUCGAACUUUUUGCAACUAAUUUCGAAAAAAAAAACUAAUAACACAGUAAGGAACGAAAAGGCUUUAAUUAAUUAACAAUAGUUGUUAAGCAAAUGUUGAAAGUUUCGAUGAAAAUGAAGAAAAGGUUAUUAAAAUUUUACGGUUUUACCAAAUAA